AUGACAGCCGACGCCUUCCACUCGCCCAGUCAGGGGACAAGCCCGGAUUCCCCCGCUGGGCAUCGGGCCUCCCCGUCGAGCUGCAAAGUGGAGCCUUUCUUGAUCAAGUCGGAGCCCAGAGGGAGCCCGGCGGAGAGAGUAAACGAGCAGCCGGCGGACGAUCAGCCCUCCGGUGCCGGCACCUCGGCCAGCGCGGGAGGAGGCGGCGGCGGUGGCCGUCGAAGGAAGCGUCCGGUGCAGCGAGGGAAGCCCCCGUACUCCUACAUCGCCCUGAUCGCCAUGGCCAUCGCCAACGCGGCGGAGCGGCGGCUGACGCUGGGCGGCAUCUACACAUUCAUCACCGAGCGCUUCCCUUUCUACCGCGAGAACCCCAAGAAGUGGCAGAACUCCAUCCGCCACAACUUGACCCUCAACGACUGCUUCGUCAAGAUCCCCCGCGAGCCGGGCCACCCGGGCAAGGGUAACUACUGGACCCUGGACCCGGCCGCCGAGGACAUGUUCGACAACGGCAGCUUCUUGCGCCGCCGGAAGCGCUUUAAGCGCACCGACCUCACCACCUACCCGGGCUACAUGCCCAACGCCAGCGCCUUUACCCCCAACGCGGCUCCGGUCGGGAGGCCCGGCCCUUGCGGGGGCUCCGGAGCCUUAGCUUACCCGGGUGGCGGCGGCGAUGCCGUCUAUUCUCCCGUCCGCGCCUACAGCCCGCAGCUCUCCGCCCUUCCCCAAUACCCGGGGGCGCCGCCUGCGCUGCCCUCGCGAAUGUUCAGCAUCGACAGCCUGAUCAGUUCCAAACAGCAGCAGCAGCAACACCACCACCAAGCAGUCGCCCUGCAGGCCUCCUCGGCGAUGGGCAUGGACCUGGGGCCUUACCAUUCCUUGGGCCUGAACGGCGUGGCCGACCUGGGCCCCUGCCCGAUGGGCAACCCGACGGAGACCUAUUUCCAGGCGCAGCAAGCGAGUCCCGGCUUAAUGGGUCGGCAGCCCUCAGGCCCGACCUACCCCUACGCUGCCUCUCCCUCCAGCCACCUAGCGGUGCCUCCCGGCGCCUAUUCCCCACCCCACUCGCAGCUGUACGGAGCCCCCAGCAGGCUGGCUGUGCAACCCGGGCGCCCUGCUUCUUCUUGCCCGGAACACGCGGAACAGCUGGUGGGCCUCGCAGCCUCGCAACUCAAUGGGCUCGGCCAAUUUGGAGCCGCAGCCACCGGCGGUGCCUACCUGAGACAGUCAAAUUUUGCCUCCGGCCUGGAGAAAUAUUUGUAA